UCAAAUUCAGUACUGAAUGAACAUUGUUCGAAGUGGAAAUGAAGUGAAAUAAACAAAUUUACUGAAAAUGAUCAUAUUUUUAAUGUGUUUCAUAAUAUUGCAUUCAUUUAUUUGUCAAUCCGAGUUGGAACCGAUACAGGAGCGUGCUACGAUAACCAGUUAUGACCCUAAAUACGUGGUCAACCCCCAGGCCUUCACUGGCAGGGUUAAGAGGGGAGAGCCCUACAGGUCCAACAUCAGUAUGACCACGCUGCACCCUUGGGGUAAUAACGUAACGAUGACUAUCGUAUACGCCAGCAAACGCACGGGGAACGAUGUGCUUUUCCAAAUGAAAGUUUGCGACGUAUACAGACAUCGUUGGUUGGAAGACUUCGUGCUGAAAUACUUCGGCAUGAGGAAGACUUGCCCUUUUCCAGCGGGCACCUACAGAGUAAUCAACUUGGAGAUACCUCCGAAGAAUUACCCAUUCCCGUUGCCGAAAGGCGAAGCCCUACUUUACUGGACUUUAACGUUGACCGAAACAAAACAUGUAAUUUUUAAAGUUUCGAUAAAAAUAAAAAUUUGA